CCUCUUCGCCGUCGUCAUAAUUCGUCAACUCCACGCCCCUCCUUCGUCCCUCUCCCCCUCGCACCCACAAAAGCAGCUUCAGCCUUCUCCCCACCCUCAUCCCAACCAUAAGUGCUGCGAUUCUCAUCACAACCAUCAGCCCUACUGCCUUCCCUCUAGCCAAAGUUCCCCAACACUCCGGCCAUCUCGGGAGUAACUAACGACACCACAAUCACGCGAUAUCGGGUCGUCGCUGAUAUACCAGCCCAUCAUGAGGCUGUUAUCGACCCUCCUCUCCCUGGUCCUGGUGGCCGACGUUGCUGUGGGCAACGCCUGGUUCGGCAAAGCAGCUUACAACAAGUGGCAUGAGACCGAGAUCGAGCGCUGGCUGUCCGACAAUGGCAUCCCUUACCCCACACCCGCUGACCGCAGGGACCUGGAGAUCCUGAUCCAGAAGAACUGGGAAUACUAUGCCGUCGCUCCCUACAAGAACUGGGACUCCGAAAAGCUCACAAGCUAUCUGCAUUCCAAGGGCGUGGAGAUUAAGGACUCCACCAAGUCGAACAAGGACGCGCUUGUGUCCCAGGUUGCUAACGCCUGGCACGAGUCCGAAGACAAGGCCCAAGGGGCUUGGGCUAACGUGCAGGACUGGAUCCUGGACACCUGGUCUGAGAGUACGCUGAAGGCUUUUGCCGACAAGCAUGGCAUCCCUGUUCCUCAACCUCGGACUCGUGAUACCCUCCUCCAGAAGAUACGCUCCAACUUCCAGACGGUAGCUAAGAAAGCCGGAGAAGCCUAUGCGUACCCUGGAAAUUGGCUUUAUGAUACCUGGUCGGUGUCGGACCUGAAGGAGUGGCUAGAUACCCAUGGAUUUCCGUCUCCUCAGGUUACUGACCGUGAUAAGCUGGUCGCAUCGGUCCGCCGCAACUCCUACCUCGCCCACCUCCGAUUCCAAGAUCAGAAAGCUUCCGCUAUUGCUAGUGCUCAUGCCGCUAUUGCGACCCUCACUGAUGAGCUUAUCGACUCCUGGGGCGAGUCUCAACUUAAGGGGUUCUGCGACAAGAACGGUAUCAAUGUUCCUCAUGGGAGCAAGGUCAACGAACUUCGUGCCCUGGCCCGCCGACACCGAUCUAAGCUCCUCCGUGACAACUUGCCCGCAUCUGCUUCGGAUGCUUUCGGUGCGGCCACAAGUAAAGCUGGCAACGAGUACGCCCGAGCCACCAACGAUGCCAGUCUAGCUGUCCAGGACGCCUUCAACGCGGCGAUAAAAACCUGGUCUGGGAGCAGACUAAAAGCGUUUCUCGAUGCCCGUGGCUUCCCGGUUCCCCAGACCUCAAAGACCGACGAGCUGCGCGCUCUGGUUCGCCAGAACGCACACACGGUCGCGACCCGAGACGGCGCCUGGACCUGGAACGACUUAUCCUACGAUAACCUGAAGAAGUAUCUUGCCGAAAGUGGCAGCGCUACGGCUAAAAAGGUUGGAGAGCGCGGCUCAGCCACCCGCCAUGAACUGGUAGAAGCCGCCGAAUCCGCAUACUCCUCAGCAUACGCCGCGGGCGGCACUUCGUACGCUUCGGCCACAAGCUAUCUGGUCCAAGCCACCGAGGCGGCUAAGAGGAGCGCGUUUGACACCUGGAGUGAGAGUGAUCUGAAAGCCUAUCUAGAUAGCUACGGAGUCCCUGUCCCACAGGGUUCUGACGUUAAUCAGCUCAAAGCUGAGGCACGCAAGCAUUCGACGUACUUCAAGUAUGGCACCAACAGCCCAACAGGAGCUAUAUUUGGGAAGAUCACAGAGAGAAUCCAGGGUGCUUACCAGUGGGCGUUAAGCUAUCUCAAUUCUUACCCCAAAACCUCGAGGGAGUCGCCGGAGACUAAGGGCGAACUAUGAGGCACUUGUAUAGGAAGUUAUUGACAUCCGGAGGAAUGUGAACGCCGAGAAACGAUUAGAGACUAGGACGAAAGACGACUGUCAACGAGACUGGGGCUGUGCUCAAGCCCGGGAGGUCUUGAGAACACAGCUCCGCUGAUUUGCAUACGAGGUGGUCUCAAGGCGUUGAGUAUUCGGGUGUGUUCUGUCUUGUUUCGCUUGGACUUUUCCUGCGCGGGAUCCGACUGUGCUAGUCGUCUGUGCGGCGCGGACUAGCACUGGUUGGCCGUCAUUACCUACAUCCCUAGGUAGGUAGGUAGGUAGGUAGGUAGGUAGGUAGGUAGGUGCUCACGAGUACAGGAAUACGUGUGGAAAGCCAUACACGUUAGUUGCUACGUCAGGUGGUUUAAUGUAGUCUAAAGGAUCUCUUACUUUACGAGAAAGGGGGUGGUGGGGGAGGAGGGAGGCGGCGUUGAGAUGAGCACGCAAGGGUUGGUAAGGCUAGAAGAGGUAAAACGAGAGCUGGGCAGGAUAGAUUAAAGAGAGAAUGCCAAUGGUCUGGCCUAGUUAAUAAUAGCUACGUUCAUAGUCAAGCUAACGGUAGCUGUGCAGUAGGAACAGUAAAAUGGGAUGUAUUUAGUGAGAAACUAGAAUGGACGUUAU